AUGCAGUUCUCAAUCUUCACCGUCCUUGCCACCGCCGCUGGCCUCGUUGCAGCUCUCCCCACGGCAACGACCUCUACCACCGGAUCGAAACCCUCUGCCGCCUGCGGCAAGCUUGGAGACUUCCACAAGACCACCGUCAAGGCCGGACAGACUUUGACGACCAUCGCCGAGCGCUACAACUCCGGCAUCUGCGAUAUCGCUUGGCAGAACAAGCUGGCGAACCCCAACGUCAUUUUCGUGGGCCAGGUUCUCUUGGUCCCCGUUAACGUCUGCAAGCCUGACAACACGUCUUGCUUGACCCCUGCUGGAGAGGCUACCUGCGUAAAGGGUGGACCUGCCACCUACACCAUCAAGUCUGGCGACACAUUUUUCGUUGUCGCCCAAAGCCUUGGUAUUACCACGGACUCUCUCACCGGCGCCAACCCUGGCGUUGUCCCGGAGACCCUCCAAGUUGGACAGGUCAUCAAUGUUCCCGUGUGCUAG